CUGCUCUGUCACGGCAAGGAGAGACAGGAGGAGGAGGUACAGAGUAAGAGAGAGAGAAAGAGAGAGAGAGAGGGGGAGAGGGAGAUAGAUAGAAAAAAUACUUAAAUUUAUAGAGGAGGUUUGCACAAAUGAUGAUUGCAGAGUGCACAUGGAUUCGGUAGAACUUUCACUCCCCGAGUGUUUCUCCCUACACUCUGAACAACAAAUGAAUUUAUCAAAGGCCCAAGUUAAUAGUGAAGAUAAGUACGCCAAAUGCGGCUCUUGGAGAACACAACAGCAAUACGACGUCGAGGCCAGUCACAUGCGUGAUGCACAUGCUCUAUAUAACCAAAGGCUGCUCUGCAGAAUGUCCAACAAGGACCGCCACAUUGAGUCGAGUUGCCCCUCCUACAUCAAGACGGAACCUUCCAGCCCCGCCUCACUGACGGACAGCGUAAACCACCACAGCCCCGGCGGAUCUUCAGACGCCAGCGGUAGCUACAGCUCCACCAUGAACGGCCAUCAGAACGGUCUGGACUCACCCACUCUGUACGGCCCCACUGGUGCUCUGGGCCCCAACGGUGCUGGAGCCAAACGCUAUGAGGACUGCUCCAGCACCAUCACGGAGGACUCACAGAUCAAAUGCGAGUACAUGCUCAACUCCAUGCCCAAACGCCUGUGCCUGGUGUGCGGGGACAUCGCCUCUGGCUACCACUAUGGCGUUGCCUCCUGCGAGGCCUGCAAGGCCUUUUUCAAGAGGACCAUUCAAGGAAACAUUGAGUACAGCUGCCCCGCUACCAAUGAAUGUGAGAUCACCAAACGCAGAAGGAAGUCUUGCCAAGCCUGCCGCUUCAUGAAGUGUCUGACUGUCGGCAUGAUGCGAGAAGGGGUUCGACUGGACCGUGUCCGUGGUGGCAGACAGAAGUAUAAACGCCGGAUAGAUGCAGAGAACAGUCCCUACUUGAACCCUCAGCUGGCUUUGCCGCCCAAAAAACCAUUCCCCUUUGGCUGCCUUGCAGAUAACAAGAUUGUGUCUCACUUGCUGGUGGCGGAGCCUGAGAAGAUCUACGCCAUGCCUGACCCCACCGUGCCCGACAGCGACAUCAAAGCCCUGACCACGCUAUGUGACCUGGCCGACAGGGAACUGGUGGUCAACAUUGGCUGGGCCAAGCAUAUCCCAGGGUUUUCCACGCUGUCACUGGCUGACCAGAUGAGUCUUCUUCAGAGCGCUUGGAUGGAGAUCCUGAUCUUGCGUGUAGUCUAUCGCUCGCUGUCUUUUGAGGACAAGUUGGUGUACGCUGAGGACUACAUCAUGGAUGAGGACCAGUCCAAGCUGGCCGGCUUGCUCGACCUGAACAAUGCCAUUCUGCAGCUGGUGAAGAAAUACAAGAGCAUGAAACUGGAGAAGGAGGAGUUUGUCACUCUUAAAGCUAUUGCCCUGGCUAACUCAGAUUCCAUGCAUAUAGAGGAUAUGGAAGCUGUACAGAAACUCCAGGAUGUGUUGCAUGAGGCCCUGCAGGACUACGAGGCGGGCCAGCACCCAGAGGACCCGCGCCGAGCCGGCAAAUUGCUCAUGACCCUACCCCUGCUUCGGCAAACGUCCACCAAGGCAGUGCAGCACUUCUACAGCAUCAAACAGGACGGCAAAGUGCCCAUGCACAAACUGUUUCUGGAGUUGCUGGAGGCCAAGGUCUAACUCCAUCCCCUUGCUGGCCCCACGCUAUACUGAAGGAGCUGGAGGGGUACGUCACUGACUCCACCCCUUUACCCGGGCAGACACUGACUAAUUCUCUGCCACUGUUUGUGAAACCUUUGUCUAUAAACUUUAUCAAAUAAUAACUAAAAACAUAACCAUAAUGGUACUUCUAAUUACUGACAAUGAUACGUAAUAUAAGAAUGAUUUCAAUUGUGAUUAUUGAGAAAAAUGUGAAAUGAAAACAAAAAAAAUUACUGCUUUCAUUAUUUAGCAGUGGGACUUUAAACCAGCUUUCGACUUGUUCUUCUGGAAAAUCUGAUGCUGACAUUUUUUGUGCUAUUGAGACAUUUUGUUGAUUUUCAAAAGAGAAAUUCUCUGGAGCCGAGAAAGACCAGCCCUGCCAAAGGAAAAAGGUCCACCCAGUGGACACCAGCAAGCUAAACUUUCCCCGAACUUUACUGUUCAGCUCCAAUGUUGCUGAAGGAAUCUAGGAAUUGUCCCUCUUUACCAUAAAAUACACAUCAUAGUGACUAUGUGCAGUAUUACAUUACAAGUCAUCGGAGCAGUUUUACCAUGUGAUAGCCAAACAGAGAUUUUUACGUCUUUGAAAAAGCUGCUCCUCACCAUUACUUAGCCAUGUGGAUUGCUCAUGUGUGUUUCACUACCUUGUUGUUGUUUUUUUUUUUUUUUUUUGAAGUCUUCCAAACACUUCUAGCCUCUUUUAAUGGUUUCAUUUUUAUCUUUUCAGGGAAUAGCCUAAGCUUUAGUCUUUCAUGCAAUACAAAGCAAAGACAAACUGCAGUGGUGAAAGAACAAACUAAUAUAUUUAUUCGUUUUAUUUUAUUAUGCUUUAUUUCAGUAUAUUUGUACUGUACUGAAGGAUGUAAAUAUAUAAUAUGGUCAUCAAAUAUGAUGUUUCCUUAAUUAAUGUUAAUAAUUGAUCGUUAUGUUUUUCUACCGACCACCAUGUUUCGCAAAUACGAAUCAUGAAGACGAAAACCUGGUAUCUUCUCUAAGCAAUAGAUGUUUAAAAAGUGAAGGUGUAAAUGUAUGCAAUUCUCUUUUGUUUAGUGCCACACUUAACUUUCGCUUUUCUGUCUGUGCUUGUCAUAAGAUGAUAGAUUACAUACAUGCAAUGGCCAGAAGGACCAUAACCAUUAUCUCAAGCAAAUUAUAUAUGCAUACUGUAUAUAUUAACUUCAGCCUCUAAAUUCUAUUGACAUUAUUUCAUACUGAAGCAGUAUUUGAACUGUUAAGCAAAAUAGCACUUAGCGAACACAUCACCAUGAGUUGACGGAGAAACAUUGUAGGUUUAGUUUCAUGGUGGUCCUAAUUUUUACAAGAAUAGUGUCAGAGAUAUCAUAACGUGAUGUAAUCUUCCUCAAAGCAAGCAAUCCACAGCCUUCAUCAGAAAUAUGUCAGUAUUAGUAUGGGGUAUUUUCUGAAUAUUCUUAAGCAUUGUAUAUUGUAAAUUAACAGAUUAUAAAUCUAACCUAAGACAUUUUAUUGGAACAGAAAAAAAAAAAAAAUGUAGUUCAGCUUCUUGGUGUUUCAUGUCUGCUGUGUUUUUUCUGAAGCAUCGAUUCCCCCCAUUUACUACCCGUAGUGAUCGCAGGUCUCACUGUUCAGUAUACUUUCUUUUCUUUUUCUCUCUUUUCUUUUUUUUUUCUUUUUUCGGGACAGUACAAUUCGAGAUAAUACUGGAUGUAUGAAUCCUCAAGAGACAGGUGCAAUGGGCUCUCAAAUAAAAGACUCUUUCUAUUUACCAUUAGAUUAACUGAUCACGAUCGAUAUAAUCUAUGCUGAUAUAUAAGUGAAUACAGAUAUUUAAAGGAGGUACACCAUGUACAAGAGAUCAUCUGUGUAACUCCGAUCUUAUAGACUAACACCUGUAUAUCAUAGGUUACAGAUAUUUCAAAUUACUUCCUUUUCACCCCUUUUUUCUGAUCUUUUCUCUAUUUUCCUUUUUUUUAACAAAAUGCUGUACAGAAGGCCUUCCAUGCUGAACUCCAUUGGUAUAUAUCUUGACUCUUUGAGGUUGCACAGGGAAGAAGCGUUUUUUGUUUGUUUUUGUGUAAGAUCAGUUUUUAAAGCUAUCACUUUGACUGUGUGCUUAAUAAAAAUGAAGAAAAAAAAGAACAGAUAAUUUUUUAAGGGAAACGGGGAUGAGGGUUUUAGUUGCUUUUCCUCAGUCUUGAUCUAUAAAUACACUGUAUCUAUCAUUAGUUAUUCAAAACUCUAAAUAGAUUGUGCUUUGGAAAGGGUAGUGUAAUGUGACUCUAGAUCUUAUCGCUCAUGGCAACACAUCAGAUGGUCAAAAACGUUGGGUUGGGGUGAUCUUGCUCUUGAUAAGAUGUUGGUACUUUCAAUUUUUCACGUGAACAAGAAAAAGAGGUGCUGUUUUCUUCUAUGUGAUUUUGUUUUCGUUCAUGUUCAUUUGUGUUGUCUUUAAUACUGAUCACAUGAAAAUCAAGUAUACGAAACAAGACUCUCAUCAGCAACUUCAGAUGAGCUUUAUAAUUCUUUUCAGUUUUGUAAGGUUACACGAAAAUGAAAGCAAGUGGUCCUGGUCUACAUUCGGACACUAUUUUAAGGUAUGCAUUUUUUUUUUUUUUUUUUUUAAGUUAAACCAAGUUGGCAAUGCUUUCAGUGCACAAAAUGAUGAACAAAACAAUACUUUUAUGAAAUGUAUCAUGUAAUUUUGAAGAAAAUUGUAUGGAGACCUGUCAAACAAUUCAAAGACAAUUUUAUUAUGUCUUUCAAAACCUUCCUCAUCUAUUCAGCAUAGAACUCAAAGUGUAAUUUAGCCGUAAGGUACCGAUUACAACUUUGCUUUUGAGAGAUAUUUUCUUAUUUCAAGCAACAUGAUGGUACAACACACAUCUGUUGUACAUUGUGAUUUCAUUAGAUCAAAAUGCUGUAACUAUUGGACUGUUUUGCAAAUUAUAGCAUAAUAGGAUUAAGGAUGAUCAAAUGUACAAACAACUGCUAUUUUUCGAUGUUAAAGAGGUUAUAGGUGUUGCUUGUAUUAAUUCAUGCAUUGACACGUCUGCCAAACGCAUUUAGGCUUCCUGGCAGUCAAACACUGAAACAUAGACCACUGAGGGAAAGGACGAGAUCCAGAAAAAGGAAGGGGAAAGAAUAAAAGAACAUUUGAAAAAGCUUUUAUGAUCAAUAUGAUAUAUUUCAACCGAGGAGUUGCUGAAACAACCUGUAGUGAGAAUCAUGUCUGUAGUUUUUAGAUGUGCUCCACAUCGGUAAAACUAUUAACUGUAUAUUUUUGUGAUGUGCAUCAUUGCUGUGUGCUCCAAACAAUAUGUCAAUUUGUGUAAAUGUAUUUAUUUUACAUUGUAUAUAUUGUUCAAUGCAAAAAGAGAGACCUAUGAUUCUGUAACUACGAUCAGUUCAGAUGUGUAACUCCAAUUAUGCCUUUCAGGAUAAUAGUAGAGCAAUAUUAAACAUGCUUCCAGUUU